AUGGAACUAGGAAAUCACACCAGGGUGAAGGAAUUUGUUUUUAUGGGGCUCACCCAGUCUCCAAGGCUGAGCAUCAUCUUAUUUCUUUUAUUAUUUCUGGUGUAUGUAACAACUCUGCUGGGAAAUCUUCUUAUCAUGCUCACUGUGACCUGUGAGUCUCACCUCCACACACCUAUGUACUUCCUGCUCCGAAAUCUAUCCAUUGUGGACAUUUGCUUCUCCUCCAUCACUUCUCCAAAGGUUUUGCUAGAUCUUUUAGCUGAAAGAAAGACUAUUUCUUUCAAUGGUUGCAUGACACAGAUGUUCUUCUUCCACCUCCUUGGUGGGGUUGAUGUUUUUUCUCUCUCCGUGAUGGCUUUUGAUCGUUACUUGGCCAUCUCAAAGCCCCUUCACUAUGUGACCCUCAUGAGUAAAGGAAGGUGCUUUGGGCUCCUGGUAGCCUCCUGGGUGGGGGGCUUCAUACACUCCAUAGUACAGAUCUCUCUGUUGCUCCCACUCCCUUUCUCCGGGCCCAAUAUCAUUGAUAGUUUUUAUUGUGAUGUCCCCCAAGUCCUCAAACUUGCCAGCACUGAUACCUUUGUGCUAGAGAUCCUUAUGAUCUCCAACAAUGGUCUAGUUGCCACAUUUUGGUUCUUUCUACUCAUUGUGUCCUACACAGGCAUCAUGGUGAUGUUGAGGUCUCAUACAGGAGAGGGCAGGAGGAAAGCCAUCUCCACCUGCUCCUCCCACAUCACUGUGGUCACCUUGCAUUUUGUACCCUGUAUCUAUGUAUAUGCUAGGCCCUUCACUGCCCUUCCCUCUGACCGGGUCAUCUCUGUCACCUUUACUGUCAUUUCCCCUCUCUUAAAUCCCCUGAUUUACACCUUGAGAAACCAAGAGAUGAAGUCAGCCAUGAAGAGAUUACAGAGACGACUUGCACCUUCUGCAAAGGAAUUGUCUCUAUGCUAA